AUGGCAUCCUAUCCUCAAAUUCCACUGGCGAAGCUGCGAGACGGCACACAUAUUCCCGUGAUGGGCUUCGGCACGGGAACAUCUUGGUACAAGCCGGACCGCUUCUCCGCCUUCGACCCAGAGAUGGUGACUAUGGCGAAAAAUGCUAUCAAGGCCGGUUAUCGCCACCUCGACAGCGCGGAAGGCUACGGCACCGAGGCCGAGCUUGGUCAGGCGAUCAAAGAAAGCAGUGUUCCGCGAGAAGAACUGUUCGUUGUUACGAAGGUUGUGCAGACACUCACCGAGGGAAAGAUCGACGACCUCCCAAACGCCCUCGAGGACAGCCUCAAGAGGCUUCAGCUAGACUACAUCGACUUAUACCUUCUCCACAGCCCCUACCUUAACGAGAACAAGUAUGUCGAAGAGGACGUCGCCAAAGCCUGGAAGCUCAUGGAAGCUCUCCAGCGCUCCGGCAAGGCCAAAGCAAUCGGCGUCUCGAACUUCCGGCAGCAGCAUGUUGAAAACUUGCUCAAGACAGCCGAAAUAAAGCCCGUGGUCAACCAGAUCCAAUUCAACGCGUACAUCCAAGGCGCCCCCGAGUAUGCGAAAUGGCUGCAGUCCAAGGGCAUCGCGUGCGAGAGCUACAUGGGCCUGGCACCGAUCACAUGGCUUAAGGGAAUGCACCUUGAGGGCACGUUGAAGGGGCUCGCGGGCAAGUAUGGCGUGAGCGAGAGUACGGUGCUGAUCCGCUGGCAGUUGGACCAGGGGGUUAUAGUGCUCAACACAACCAAGAAGACUGAGAGGGUGAAGGAGUAUUUUGCCGCUCUGGACCUGAAAUUGAGUGAUGAGGAUAGGGAGGAGAUCACGAGGGUCGGGCAAGUGAGCCAUACUAGAAUCCCACUGCCGGUGCUGUUUGAUGGUGGUGAGCAGGGGCCGUAUUGA